AAUGCAGGCACUCCUACAGAGGACAUUGAAUGACUAUUUAAGUGCUGGCUUUAAUCCCCAAUCAAGCAGCUUGGAGAUUCGACUCAUUCAAAGCCAGGACGACAUCCGCAAUCCACAAUUGAAAUUCAAGGCUGAAAAAUACAACUAAAGAAGGUGAUGCCUCCUCAGUACUAAAACACAAUAGCCUACUUGGUAUUGUCACAUUCUCAUGUUUUGUCAUGAAAGUGUACUGCUUUUACAAAGUCAUAGUAUCAUGUUGCAAAGGGAAUAAAAGAAAGAAAGAAAGAAAAACAGCAGGUAUAGGGAAAUAAAUGGAUGAAUGGAAUCAGAAAUGAUAUUAGUGAUUAUCAGCACUCAUUGAGUUUUGAUAAUGUCUACAGAUAUUACAAGAAUAGUUUAAUUUUGUGGAUUGCCCUGUUCAUGCUUUACAUAGUAGGUAAUGGCUUCGCCACACCUGUGUCCUUAUCUGAUAACUCUCUUCUAUAAUUGUAAUUUCUUCUUAUAUUUCAGCUAGAAUAGUUAAUUUUUUACUCAAAGAGGACGCCGCCAAUCUCCUCAUCUUUUCUUCCUCCCACCUAGAUUUACUAUAACCAUGGACAGCGACCAAAAAGAACAGCCUCUUCCUGCAGAAUCUGCUGCUACCAUAGCUGGAAUUAAAUCUUUUCAACCCAAGAAACCACCCCCUGCAGAUCUGGUUAGUCUCUUUCAAACCAAAAAUCUCCAAAGUGAAAUCAAACAAAUCCUCAACCACCGCAAGGCUGGCCAUUCAGAUCAAGUGUUUGUUCCUCAUAUGAAAUCCCAAAUCUUGGGUCAUUAUUUCAUUUCCUCUCCACCUAUUUCACUUGGAUUUGUAUACCCACAACCAAAAACCAUCCUCUUCCUUUUCAGGUAAAACCCGAUUGGAGCAAGUGGAUUGGCCAAUUCAAAUCUUGGCCAUCUUGGAGAAAAUCGAAAUGGGUUGAUUGGGUAGAUCGCCUAGAACCAGAUUUCGGCCAAAUCUGGAGGGAUAUGAGCUUGUAUGAGUUUAUUCAACUAACCAAGUGCAGAUUUGUCAUGGAUAGGUCAAUCUUGAGUUCUACUUUGCUCUUUUGGUCUGGUUCUUUCAAUUGCUUCCACUUCCCCUGCAGAGCCAUGUCUGUAAGUCUCUUCAACAUCAGUUCACUAAUUGGGUUGCCUUGCACUAGAGAAGAAAUUUUUGCACUUCGAACCAUGUCACCGGGUGUUGAUUAUGACCACAAAGAUCUGAAGCCCUCUUAUCCAGCUUUCUUGAGAUCUGCCUGUGACUACAGUCAAGAUCUGCUUACCUACGGUUUAAUGUUCAGAGAUGCUGCAGAAAAUAAGAAAAAUUUUGAGGAAUGCUUCAGAUUUUUUGCUUCUCUCCCCCUAGACAGACCUGAUGCAGAUUUCGUUGUGUUUCUAAAACAGAUCUCAUGGCUUUUCUUGGUACAAGGCUGAUAUCAGAUUUCGGAGCAUUCUAGUCUGCCUGUGUAACUUCUCAGGAUCUAUUUGUAGGUUGUAAUCUGAAUGCUCUCAAUUUCAAAUGUGGUACCGAGCAUUAUGCGUCGAACUAGUUCUGUCGACAGCUUGGAUACUGCCAAGACAUUCCAUUUCCGUCACUAUUUUCAUUUAACCACAGCUACCCUCUCUGCUCAUAUUUUGGAAGUUUGCUUGUUAAAAUGUCUGGUUCUCCUAUCACAAAGCAAAAUCUGCUUCAGGUCUCUCUAGGGGAAGAGAAGCAAAAAAUCUGAAGC